UCUGUGUCUAAGCGAAGCGAGAGUGGCGGCGCGGCGACACAGAGAGAGGAGCGGGGGAGCAAGACCCAGCGGAGGGGAUUUCCUUUCAGAGACGGGGUGCUCGCCUGGACACUGAGAAGCGGACAGCGGACAGCGGGCGGCGGACGCCAGGAGAUGGGCAAUACCCCCGGGACAGCAUCGCUCGAGGACCCAGACCACUUCUUCUGAGGAAUAACGGGAGAGGAGGAAGGGUCUCCCCGGAACCGGGUCUAGCGCUGGACGGAACAUGGCGUGCAGAAUUCCGAGCCCGAGCUAAGAGGUGGCGGGGGUGGUCUCUCAAACCACCCCCCUUCUCCCACCCUCCCCAACCCCUCCUGCGCCCAGCCGGCUGAAGAAAUGGAUCUGCCCUCGACACUGACUCUCCUGCAUUUACAGCUCGCUCUCUUCCUGCUCCGCUCGACCCUCACCAAGGUACCGAUCCGCCGCUCAAGCCCCUCACUGAUUCCUCGAGAAGCUCGUCAGCAGGCAAGCCAAGCCAUGACGUGGAUGGAUGUGUACUGGCGGUCGGUGUGCCAGACCCGCGAGACGCUGGUGGCCAUCAACGGCGAGUAUCCCAAUGAGGUGGAGUACAUCUUCGUGCCCUCCUGCGUCCUCCUCACCCGCUGCUCCGGAUGCUGUAACGACGAGCAGCUCCAGUGUGUCCCGACAGACACUGACACUGUCCUCAUGCAGAUUUUGAAGGUGAAGCACCGGACCAGCCAGCUGGUGGAGAUGUCCUUCGUCCAUCACAGACGCUGUGAAUGUAGACCAAAGAAAGAUAUAAAACGCGUCCCCACGAGAAGCCCCCUGGCGGGAGCCUGCCUGCAGCCGGGUCAGCGGGAGAGGCAGGGCUGCAGAGGGCCGGCACAGUUCCCCUCAAUCCUCUUCCACGCACGGCCAGCAGACGGCGGGGCAUUGUACACAGGAGUAGAACAUUCCCGACGAAAGACGGGCAGAGGACAUCGGAAAAAAAACCGGAAAAUGGCAUCGGCACACCCGACACCUUGCAGACCCUGUUCUACGAAGAGGCGACAUCACUUUGAGCAGAACCCCCUGACCUGCGAGUGCAAGUGUCGGCUCUCCCACCGCAAGUGCCGGGACCGCGGGCAGGAGCUGAAUGAGCACACGUGCAGGUGUGAGAAGCAGAGACGGUGAUCGCCCUGGAGCAGCAUCAGAGCGUUUUGGACUCGUGGACUGAGGGUCUCCAGUGUUGCGGUGGGGCCGUGCGGGAACUCCCACCCCCCACUCAGCCGACCCUCACAUCCUGAUCGAUUAGCUGCACGAGUCCCUGACACCAGCACCCUCCUGCCUCUCCCCUCUCUCCCCCUCCUCUCCCCCACUCUUCUCCCUCUCCUCUCCCCUCCUGCCUCUCUCCUCUCUCCCCUCCUCUCUCCUCCCUCCUCUUCCCUCCUGCCUCUCUCCUCUCUCCCCCCCUCUCCUCUCUUCCUCCUCUCUCCUCUCCUCUCUCCUCCCUCCUCUCCCCUCCUGCCUCUCUCCUCUCUCCCCCUCCUCUCUCCCCCUCCUCCCCCUCCUCUCUCCCCCUCCUCUCUCCCCCUCCUCUCCCCUCCUGCUUCUCUCCUCUCUCCCCCUCCUCUCUCCCCCUCCUCUCCCCCUCCUCUCUCCCCCUCCUCUCCCCCUCCUCUCC